AUGGAAUCUGUACUCAGGAAGUGCCUUCCAAUUAUCGGAAAACCUAGACAUACUUUGCCAAUCAUUAUAAGAAGCUUAGGAUCCCAUAAUAUUAACCACAUCAUGAACAAAAAGGUAUUGGAUCGGUAUUUGAGACUCCCUUUGCCGUGUAAUAAAAUAUUAGCUACCUACGUUUGGAUUGAUGGUUCUGGCAUAAAUAUGAGGUGCAAAGAUCGUAUCCUGGAUUGUGUUCCAUACAGCCCAGAUGCAGCACCAAAUUGGGCAUUUGAUGGCAGUUCGACGGGGCAGGCUACUACGGAUAAUUCUGAUACGACACUGAAACCAGCUGCAGUAUAUAGGGAUCCAUUCCGAGCCGAUCCCCACGUUAUAAUUUUAUGUGAAGUACUUCUUGGCGAGGCCCAAAAACCAGCAGCGACAAAUCACAGGACUUUCUGUAAUGACUUGUGUGAAGCACAUAAAGCUGAGGAACCAUGGUUCGGGCUGGAGCAGGAGUAUACUAUGGUGGACAUUGAUGGAUGGGGCCUGGGCUGGCCCAAAGGAGGCGGUUUUCCAGCGGUAAAAUAUCAGUACUCGUAUUGUGGUGUUGGAGCGAAAUAUAUAGCAGGUCGAGAUCUGUCUGAAGCCCAUAGUAAAGCUUCUCUAUUCGCUGGCUGUGAUUACGAAGGAUCGAACGGAGAAGUUAUGUAUGCCUGUUGGGAGUGGCAAGUUGGUACAACAAUGGGUAUCAAAGCUCCAGAUGAUAUGUGGAUGACACGGUUUAUAAUGUCUCGCAUCGGAGAGGAUUACGGGAUAGAUGUUACAUAUCAUCCAAAACCUUUCGGUCACCUGCAUCCAGGUAUUGGUAUGCAUCAUAACUUCAGCACAAAGAAAAUGAGGACUGCUCCCGGUGGAUACGCUUUUAUUGAAGAAUGCAUCAAGAAAUUGGAAAAGAACCAUAUGAAACAUAUGAGAGCAUACGGUAAUGAUGAGACAACCAACAGAAUGCGAUUGUCCGGAAGAUUUGAAACGGCACCAUUUGAUAAAUUCUCCUGGGGUGUCGCUAACAGAAAAGCAUCUAUCCGUCUACAGAGACACAUUAAAAAGAAAGAUAAAGGUUUCAUGGAGGAUAGGAGACCCGGUGGUGAUGCUGACCCGUACCUUGUGUGUGGACUGCUAAUGGAAACUUGUUUGGGUGGAGCUGGUGGCGGCGGCGGCGGUUGUAAAAAUCCGUGUCGAAAAUGA